GAAGAAGAUUCUGCUUAGUGAACCGGGAGGGGGUGUCCAUUUUAUUUACUCUAGAGAGACGGCUUCAUAACUGAAAGUCGGCUCGUCUCUGGCUUUAAAAGUAAAAAAACAGACUUUUAGAGAUGAGCAGUUCAGAAGAAGUGUCGUGGAUUUCCUGGUUCUGUGGACUGAGAGGAAAUGAGUUUUUCUGUGAGGUGGAUGAGGAUUACAUCCAGGACAAGUUCAACCUGACGGGCCUGAAUGAGCAGGUUCCUCACUACCGCCAGGCCCUGGACAUGAUCCUGGACCUGGAACCGGACGAGGAGCUGGAGGAUAAUCCCAACCAGAGCGACCUGAUUGAGCAGGCGGCUGAGAUGCUCUACGGCCUCAUCCACGCUCGCUACAUCCUCACCAACCGAGGCAUCGCGCAGAUGCUGGAAAAGUACCAGCAGGGAGACUUUGGUUAUUGCCCACGAGUUUAUUGUGAGAAUCAGCCCAUGCUUCCCAUCGGCCUGUCGGACAUCCCAGGAGAGGCCAUGGUGAAGCUCUACUGCCCUAAAUGUAUGGACGUUUACACACCCAAGUCCUCCAGACACCACCACACAGACGGAGCCUACUUUGGCACCGGCUUCCCCCACAUGCUCUUCAUGGUUCACCCCGAGUACCGACCCAAAAGGCCCGCCAACCAGUUUGUCCCCCGUCUGUACGGCUUUAAGAUCCACCCCAUGGCGUACCAGCUGCAGCUGCAAGCCGCCUCCAGCUUCAAGAGCCCCGUCAAGGCCAUCCGCUAGGAGCGCCGACGAAGAGGAGGAGGAGGAGGAAGAGCCAGGAAAGAAGCGCGUGGAGAGGGGUCAGCUGUAUUUCCCCCGGUUGCCCCCUCGCCAUCAUGGAGACUGUAUUAUUUUUGCUUUAGAUUAUUAGCCCAUAUGAGGGAAAAAGGGUAAAGAUUUAAGUGUGAAAUAGACAGAAGAAUAAAACACACACACACACUUACACAGCUAUGAUAAUGAAACACACACACACUUCAGAUUCACCGAACUCAUCCGUGCCAAAACCAGAAGGUAGGAGGAAGCGGCGGGACGGCGGCGGCUUCGUGGCGCUGCAGUUUGUUUCUUGGUGAUCCUCCAUCUUUGCUGAGCUUCCUCUCCCGGUCGGAUGCUGCUGGGAGGCGGAUUCUAGUUUUAUUUUCGUUUUCUCUUCAUCUCUAGUCGACGCAGGCAAACAUGGAGGCGUUUCUGAGGCGGUCUGAGUCAGAUUUGAUUAUUUUGUUUUAAUUAUUUUAAUUGCUGCGUAAGAUCCUGCAUGUGAAAGCAGCCGCCAGUGAAACCGCAGCUUCUGCUCUGAAUGAUUUCCUCCCUGCGUAGAUUCAGCUUCGCCGCAGAAACAGUUUGACGUCGAGACGUCUGAUCCGUUCAGAACCUGAAAACGCUGAUAGCCGGUUUGUUGGACUCGCCGUUUGUCGACGCAGCUGGUUUUAGUUUGUUCUUUUGUUUUUGUUUGCUUUCCUCUGACAAGGAAAUGUGACCUUUUGACCCUGCCGGCUUGUUUGGUUGUUAUUUUUAGCUAAAAAACUUGAAGCUAAACUUUGCUCUGAUUUCAUCUUAAUGUUUCUUUAUUGUUAAUAGUUUAGAUUCAUUUAGUCUCAUUUUUUAAAUAUUAAAUAAUCAAACUUAAAAUAUGCCUUUUGGUUCGAUCAAACAUCCGAGUUUAACUUUCUAACUUCGGCACCUAGAAGAUAAAAAUCUAAAGAGGAUUUAUUCUCAUUUAUAUUUGGAUGAUCUCCAUCAGUUUCUUUAAUUUGCAGCUGAGAGAGAAACCUGCGUCGUUUUGCAGAUCGUUUUGUUUGCUUUAGUGUUAAAGUAUAAUCCUUAAUCUGGAUUAGACGCUACAGAAACUAUUUUUGGGACUUUUUACAAACAAAAUCGAUCUCAAAUUGAUUUAAAUUACUCAUUCAUUGUGAGACACUCCAGUCUAUAUUUGAAACAUUUUAGUUUUCUUGUUAAAAGUCGAUCGGCCCAAAAAAAACCAUGAAUGAAUCGGGUGAUUAUGAAUCAACGUUUUCAUCCCACAAGGUUCAUAAAAACUGAUGGAAAUGUUAUGAAAUAUUUUACGGAUGCUGAACUUUGUGGAUUCUGAAAUGGAAACGUUGGAGAGGUUUUGUUUGGUGCUGGGGUCACGGGGUCACUUCAUUUCCCUAAACCGGCUUCAGGGCCUGAGCAGCUUUGUGUGGGUUUCUUCUUUCUGUCUCUAUUUAUAGCCUUCUAUUCAUCAUUGUGAUCAAACAUCAUGAUUAAUCCAUUUGUAUGUCUGCUGAACGGUUUCUGCUGCCCUGUGGUUCUGGUCCACGUUCUGGCCCAGAUCAAACCAGAAUAAUGAAGUGUCGACACGCUGAAGGUUUUGCUAGAAACUCAAUGUGGUGCCACUUUAGCCGCCUUAGAGUUUUUUCUUUAAGUUGAUUUAAAUUUUUUGGUUGCAUUCAUGGACUGACUUCCUGGUUUCUUCCUUUUUUGCCUCCGUAGUUGCAGUAAAUGACUCUUAAUUCAUAAAAUUAAUAACAAAAACAUAAACAUGUCAAACUAUUUCUGAGGAGUUCAACAAUCUGAAUCCAUCCGCUCGUUCUUCUGCUGCACCGAUCCGACUUCAGCCUCCCCUCCGUUAUAUUUAUGUUGGCUCUCCAGACUUGUUUACGUUUUCUUUUCCCUUUUCCCCCCAGUUCUUGAUCGAUUCAACAGACCGGCCCCCCGUUCUGUGUGACUGCAACUGAGUUUUCUUUUCAAGACUUCAUGGCACAAGAAAAACUGUAUUUAUGUGUCCAGAUUUUAACUCCUGUUUGUGUUGUUGUGUUUGUGCGACUGGAAGGCUGAGCAGGAAUCGGAAACUCAAUAAACUUCUAUUUUCUUUUCA